UACCCGAGUGGCUCAUUGUUAAGACAAGAGGUGUGCACUCCCUGACCAGGAGGCGUCAGCGCUCAAACCAGCUGCGGGCCCCAUCAGAGCUCCAGGAUAUGCAGAACCUUCUGGCGGUGCCUGACCCAACGUCAUGAGGACCUGUCUGCCUCGAAUCAGUCGUCUGGACCAUGCCGCCCAGUGGCUCUUGCUUUUGGCCGUGUUGGUGGUUUUCCUCUUCCUGCUGCCCUCCUUUAUGAAGGAGCCCAACACAAAACCUUCCAGGGAUCAGCACACGCUGGACGAGAAGAGGUCUCCAGGGUUGCUCCACAAGACUGCAUGGCAGGUCACCACCGCAGGAGAAAGGACAAUGGCUCCGGGAGCGCUGUCAGCACAGGAGAACAGCACAGAGGCCCCCCUGGCCCAGGCCACCGCCCACUCCACCCAGAAGGACACCAGAGCAGAGGCCAGUGAGAAGAAGGACCCCAUGCAGGACACGCUGCCUCCGAAGGCGCGGGACAGGGCCGUGGCCUCUGAUGGGGCAGAGACACUGUCGCUGAGCAGUCAGGACCCCAAGACCAUCAAAGGAAGGCAGGACCAGAACAAGGAGCCCACAGCCGCCAGGACAGAGCCCCCAAAGCCUCAGGGCAAAGCGCAGACCACAGCAAGGACACCCGUGCCAAAAAGUCAGGCCGAGGCACUGACCAUGUCAGGAGCAGGGUCCAGGGGGAGAACAGAGAAAGGAGUGACCACAGUGGCUGUCCCCCACCGGGAGACAGCCCGGGCCACGCCAGCCUCCACUCCCUUCCGGAGCUGCACCACAGAGAGAAAGCUAAGUCUACGGGCCACCAACUUCAAGUCUGAGCCCAAGUGGGAUUUUGAGGAACAAUAUAGCUUUGACACGGGGGCCCUACAGUCGAGCUGCCCCGACUCAGUGAAGGUCAAGGCCUCCAAGUCACCCUGGCUCCAGAAGCUCUUUCUGGCCAACCUCACCCUCUUCCUGGACUCCAACCGCUUCAACCAGAGGGAGUGGGAGCGCCUGGAGCACUUUGCACCGCCCUUCGGCUUCAUGGAGCUCAACCACUCCCUGGUGCAGAAGGUGGUGAAACGCUUCCCUCCGGUGCCCCAGCAGCAGCUGCUCCUGGCCGCCCUGCCCCCCGGGAGCUCCCAGUGCAUCACCUGUGCCGUGGUGGGCAACGGGGGCAUCCUGAACAACUCCCACAUGGGCCAGGAGAUAGACAGCCACAAUUACGUGUUCCGACUGAGUGGCGCUAUCACCAAGGGCUACGAACAGGAUGUGGGUACCCGGACGUCCUUCUACGGCUUCACCGCCUUCUCCAUAACGCAGUCCCUGCUUGCCUUGGGCGGUCGGGGUUUCCGGCACGUGCCCCUGGGGAAGGAUGUCCGCUACCUGCACUUCCUGGAGGGCACCCGAGACUACGAGUGGCUGGAAGCGCUGCUUCUGAAUCAGACACUGGUGAAAAGCCUUCUAUGGUUCAGGCGCCGGCCCCAGGAGGCCUUCCGGGAAAGCUUGCGGAUGGACAGGUACCUGCUGAUGCACCCAGACUUGAUGCGCUACAUAAAGAACAGGUUUCUGAGAUCGAAGACCCUGGACACUAAACACUGGAGAAUCUACCGUCCCACCACGGGAGCCCUCCUGCUGCUCACGGCCCUUCAGCUCUGUGACCAGGUGAGCGCCUAUGGCUUCAUCACCGAGGGCCACGAGCGCUUUUCUGACCACUACUAUGACAAGUCUUGGAAACGAACCAUCUUUUACAUCAACCAUGACUUCCCGUUAGAGAGAACGCUCUGGAAGCGGUUGCACGACGAAGGUAUCAUCCGGCUGUACCAGCGGCCCGUAAUUUCCAAACCAAAGAUGUGACUGGGGCCUGGGCCCCUGCGGUCUCAUGGGCCGUUCCAAGGCACGGGCAAGGUGGGAGCCUUGAGACUCUAACCACCGUUCUCCCGGAGCUCAGGCCAGCCUCCUGGCCCCUCCAGACCCUGUCCCCCCGGGGAACUCUGGCACCGAAGGGGACACACGUUCAAGAUGGCAAAUGACCCAUUGAGGCCUUGGAGACCUUGGAACAUGGAUGCUCAAAGGAGGGAGGACUCCCGUCUUGAGACCCAAGAAUGUGAACUAAAUGGAGUGAUUAUGGACCCACACCGCCCACUGAAUCUCACCCUUCACCAUCCAAAAGCUACCUGACGCCGGCAGGGAAAAGCCCCAACCUACGAGACGAGACAUGGAGAUUCGGUUUCGAAUUCCAAAUCUUGUACUUAGCAGCUGUGAAAUCUUGAAGGCCUUAUUAAUUUCACUAGGGAUCAUCUACAGGACCCUUCCUCCUGGGGCUUAUCUGAUUCUAGAAGGAUCUGGACCUUUCCUUGUCUUUGAGUUCUUUGACAACUCUCUGGGUUGCAGAAAAUGGAUAGUCAUAAAAAUAAUUCUUGCCCGUGAAGAUGCAAAUAAAUCUUGUACAGUCAAGAGGCACGUGAUGACCCCCCCCCGGGGGGCAGUGACCUGUUCUGUACAAACAAGCAAAUGCAUGUUCACGUUCCUGACUGCCUGUGUGUCUGUCUGUACUCGAGGUUCUCCUUCGAACCGGUUUUUGCAUCUUACUGGUUUCUUCAUUAGUUAACCAGUGAAUAAAAUCCUUGACAUGCGUUCAUUUUGUAUUUGUAUGAGAGUUACUGUUCUACCCUUGAAAAAACAUCUUCUCUCAUGUCCUGAGGCCACUGUUUUAUAAUCCGUAGCACGAUUUUUGGGGUACCCAUUCCACAAUGAUUUUAAAAAAUUACUCUCUGUAAAAACCUGAGGCCACAAGGACCCAGUUUCCUCCCCUUUCAUUGUCCAUCCUCCCGCCGGGCCUGCACUUCCUCAGACCUCAUAUAGAGAACCCAGAACAAGCCAAAGGUUUUUCGGCUCAUCUUAUCCCCUCGAGCUCUAGCUACAGGAUUUGGACUCUGAAGCCCAGAAGAAUUCUAGAGAUCCCAAACCAAAUAAAGGCCCCCAAUGAAGGAUAUGGAGGGCAUGGAAGGAAAAAAAAAAGAAAGAAAGAAAGAAAGAGAGAGAGAGAGAGAGAGAGAGAGAGAGAAAAGUAAGCUGUCUUGUAGACUUCAUGCUCAAGGAUCAAAAGCUAAUUUAAUACAGAUAGGGUAGGAUUUGCUUUGUUCAGAAAGGCUGCAGUACCAGCUCUGGGCAGCAGGUGGCAAUAUCUUGCACACACUCCCCCUCCACCCCACCCCACCGCCUCCCUCUGCCCCAUUUCUGGAAUGCUCAGCUUGUCUUUUUCACGUUUUCCCAGCUGUUCUUAUAUGUUUAUUCCUCCGUGUGAAUUUUAGUAUCUGUUUAGGAUCUAGGGGGAAAAAAGUUUUGGUACUGUAAUUGGAAUUGCAUUUGAUUUAUACAUUUCCCCGGGAAGAGUGAAUGGAUGUAUUACAUCGAGUCCUCUUUUCCAAGAGCAAGAGAUGGUUCUCCACUUCUCCAAAUUUGUGUCUUUCAGUAUUUUAGUAUUUCCUCAUACAGAUUUCAAACAUUCCUUGUUGAAUGCACUGCUCAGUAUUUUAUCUUGUUUGUUGCUGUUCUAAAUGGAUUUUCUCUUACAUUAAAUCCUCU